AUGGCGGCAGCUCAUGCUACUACGUCUUCGAUACUUUCUUCAUUUCUUCCACGAUUGGCACCUGCAACAGCAACUUUCGCAACGAGAUCAACAACUUUAUACUCGCGACAAUUGUCCCAUCCAUUACUUCCAGUACUCGCCAUCCCAUCUGCGAUACAUCUUAAUGUUCCCGGAUUUCUCGAAGGAUUAUGGGAGGGAAUACUGAAAGCCGUACCAAAGAAGAAGACUUCACAUAUGAAGAAGAGACACAGGCAAAUGGCAGGCAAAGGAUUACAAGAUGUCACAAACUUGAAUAGAUGCUCUGCUUGUGGUCACAUCAAGAGAGCACAUUUGUUAUGUCCAUAUUGUGUUGCUGAGAUUAAGACUUUAUUCAAGACCAAUGCACACGAAGCAAACGCCGCUGCAAGAGAAGCCAGGGCAGAUGAAAUAGCUGAGCAGCAAGUAAGAAUAGAAGCAGGAAAAGUAAGAGCUGCAGAGGGAAAGACAAAGAAAGAGGCAGAAUUAGAGCAGUUGGAAACUAAGCGGGCAGAGAAGAAGGCAGCUAAGGAUGCUGCGAGAAAGAUCUACGAGGAGAAGAAUCCUAAGCAGAUCAUUGGAUCCAGAAGAAUUGAUUAG